CGGGGCGGCGCGGAGCCUGGCGCCCGGGAUGUCGCCGCCGCCGCCGCCGCCGCGGGACGGCUUCGGCUUCUGCUCCCGGUCUGGCUCCGACGGCGAGGGGAGCAGGGCGUCCCGGGGCGCGGCAGCUGCGGCGGGAGAGCACUGAGCUCCCGCCAGCCCGCCCGCCAUGUCCAGGAAAAAGACCCCCAAGAGCAAGGCGGGCAGCGCACCCGCUACCUCUGCCCUGCCCGCCGCCAAUGGGCCCCGGCCGGUGCGACCCGGGACUGCGCGCCCUGGCCCCGAGGCACCGCCCAACGGGCCCCCGCAGCCCGGCCGGUCUUCGAUCGGCGGCGGCGGCGACUUCUACGACGUCGCCUUCAAGGUCAUGCUGGUGGGGGACUCAGGCGUGGGGAAGACCUGCCUGCUCGUGCGCUUCAAGGAUGGGGCUUUCUUGGCGGGGACCUUUAUCUCCACCGUGGGCAUCGACUUCCGGAACAAAGUUGUGGACGUGGACGGCAUGAAGGUGAAGCUGCAGAUCUGGGACACGGCUGGCCAGGAGAGGUUCCGCAGCGUCACUCACGCCUACUACCGCGACGCCCAUGCACUGCUGCUGCUCUAUGACGUCACCAACAAGGCCUCCUUCGACAGCAUCCAGGCCUGGCUGACCGAGAUCCAGGAGCACGCCCAGGACGAUGUGGUUCUCAUGCUGCUGGGGAACAAGGUGGACUCUGCCCAGGAGCGUGCAGUGAAGCGGGAGGAUGCGGAGAAGCUGGCCAAGGCUGCCCACGCUGUUUGCAGGACUACAGGCUGCCGUUCAUGGAGACCAGCGCCAAGACGGGCCUCAAUGUGGACUUGGCCUUCACAGCCAUAGCCAAGGAGCUGAAACAGCGCCACACCAAGGCCCCCAGCGAGCCCCGCUUCCAGCUGCACGACUACAUCAAGAGGGAGGGCCGGGGGGCUUCCUGCUGCAGACCCUGAGCCUGUGGGGCCUGGCCACCAGGCGUCCUCCUGGAAGACUAGACAGUCUACAGCAGUCAGUCCCAGGCUGAGCCUCACCCACCCCUCAUAUGGGCAGUGAUCCAGAGCCGAGGUCCCAACAAAUGGGCUGCACAAAGCCAGAGCGUCUGCAGUCCUUCACCUGCUGCUGCCCAAGGGCCUUGCCCCAAGGCAACCAUCUUCUGUACAGAGGGACACCGAAGGGUAGACUCCCAGGCCCCUGGCCCUCUGGCCACGGGACUCUGCCGCCUCCAUCCUCCCAUGGGUGCCCCCAACUUUCAGGCUGGGCUGCAGCACCCACACCGUAUGUAUAGUGCCUAACUGCCUAGAAAGCCAUUGUCUUCAGCUGCACUCGCUGCCCAGGAAGGAAGGGGCAGGACCCUGCCCACACCUGGGGCAGAGGGCUUCACCACCAAUCCCAUCCUGCACUGCACCUCAAAGACAACUGCCUGCUGCCAGCCCCCCAAUGGGAGGCCCCGGUUCCACAUCAACAGGGUCUUUCAGAUUCCCAUGGAGGAUGCCAAGGCUAUGGCUUUGUAACGCAGUGUUCAGCCCAUGGGAAGUCACGGAAAUGUCAGGGAAACCAGGACCACCAGCCUUGCCUGUGGACCAGGGUACCACUUCAGCAGGCUGACACACAGCCUGGGCUCAGUGAGGUCAAGUCACAGGGGUGGGCAGAGCAUUCCACCUUGUGCUAAAGAAAAAACUCCAAAUCAGUCUUUUGAUCAAAAGCUUUUGUUUCCGGUCCUAGUGAAUAAAGUUUGUUUUCUGGA